AUGUCAUUAUCACGUUCAGGCACCUGGAGACUCUCGUCGCCCCCUCCGGCAAAUCGGGUGCAGCCAGUGUCUCCAACAGGUGUUGAGGCCGAAGAAGGCGGUGGGGCACAAACCCCACUGCUUGACGAUUCGCAGCCGGAUUCAACCGAGCUCGUUGCAAGAAGAUACGACAAGUACAUUGCGCUUCUGACGAGUGUCGAGAACUUUACUGACAACUAUUUGAGUUUGAUAGCCAUCAAUGUCAAACAGUACGAGAAGAUCAUCAAGAACCUACAGUCGAAUGUCUCACCGCAAUUCGAAGUGAGUCCGGGUGCAGAUGCUCCCGUGAGUGGGUCUGUGGCAGGUUCCGGGUACAAGCAAGCCGUUGCCGGUGAAGGCGUGUAUUCGCCUGCCGGAGCUGGUGCAGCCCCUGGUGCACACGAACAACUCGGGCCUGUUGGUUUGAACGAGUUCUUAGAGGCUCUCAAGGUGCGCACGGAUAUGAACCACAGUGCUGCAGUUGAGCUGGAUAGUACCAUCAGGACGCAGGUUUUGCCGGAGUUCAAAAGGAUCAUUUCUGAGAUCCAGAGCCGUAAAAAGGAGUUUCUUUCUGCCAGCCAAAAGGAGGUGAAAGAACUCAAAAAACUCCACGGCACCACCUCGAAGGAAUUGGCAAAGCUUCAAAACUCCGUCUCCAGUUUUGACAGUUCCUACAGCUCCAGCGUGGGUCCAAAAAUUGAUUAUCGCAGUGAUCCCUACAUAAUCAAAAGGUCUGUGCUCCACCACGGCCACGAGCAGCUCAACAAAGAGAACUCGCACUUUGAUUUUCUUGAAAGCAAUGAGAUCACACUCGGAAUAAUGGAGAAGCAAAUAGUGGAAAUUUUGAAGAAAAUCUUCAACAACUUCUCUGUUUCGAUCACGAACUACCUUGGGAAAGGAAUCAACACUUUUGACGAUCUGAACAAUCAACUAGCCGCAAUUCCAGUUGACUACGAAUGGGAGAGAUUCAAGGAGAGAAAUGCUCAAUCACUCAUAUCUGGCGAGGCUGAUCCCGAUUCCGUGAAGAUUGACAACGACCUCUCAGAUGUCACCUCUAAACUUUCGCUUACAACAGCUCGGUUUGAGAUCACCAAGAAUCCAUAUAAAAGAACGCUGUCGGAUGUGGUCUUCCCAAAUCAAACUCACACUGCAACCGAGCCUAUUUUGGAGGGUGUGUUACUGAGAAGGGAGGGAAAGAUCACCAAGAAGUACAAGUCGUACUACUACGUUAUAACUAGAACACGGUACUUGUUUGAGUUCCAGUCGCGCUCGUUCAAGGACUCUCACCACCCUUCAUUGGUGAUGUUCUUACCAGAGUGUCUGGUAGGCAACCCAUCUGCUCCUGGAGAUGGAAAGUUCAAGUUCACCGUUCAGGGUAAGGACAUCAGUCAACUGGUCAGCAUGACGAAGAAGACGGUUUCUUUCAAGGCGAGUAGCUACGAGGAGAUGUUGACCUGGUACAACGUGAUUUCAGAGGUUAGUGGUUUGAUGUACACCAACGAGGAGAUGAAAUCAGCAGCAAUGGCGCAGAUCACACCAGAUAAGUCUGAUGACGAGGAGGAUGUGACUGCCGAGUCUAUCGCGCCUCAGAAUUGA